AUGUACGUUUACCAUGAUAAACUUUGGGAUCACGAAAUAUUUGAUUUGGUAGACGAUUUAGAAAAUGCAGAAGGGGAAGAUGUAACUUUUUAUUCAUGGCUUGGAGUAAAACCUACAGCUAGCGAGAAGGAAAUUAAUAAAGCGUAUCGUAAAUUAUCUUUAACUUUACACCCGGAUAAAAAUCCUGAUAGAGAUAGCAAAGAAAAAUUUUCUAGAUUAGGUUUAAUAGGUGCAAUUUUGCGUAAUUCAGAGUCAAGAGAACGAUACAAUUUUUUUCUAAAGAAUGGAGUACCAAAAUGGCGUGGUACUGGCUAUUAUUAUAACCGUCAUAGACCGGGACUUGGUACCGUAAAUCGAGAGAAAUCGCCUGGGGUAAAAGAAUGA